AUGUCAGCCGAAGAAGGACCACUUUAUCUUGGCCUUGACCUUUCGACCCAGCAAAUCAAAGCCAUUGUGAUCAACUCCUCGUUGAAAGUUCUAUUUGAGGCUAAAGUGGACUUUGAUACGGAUCUUUCGAAAUAUGGCAUUAAGAAAGGUGUCUUUGUUCAGGGUUCUGCCGUUUAUGCCCCAGUUGCAAUGUGGCUCGAGGCGGUCGACCUAGUGCUAGAACGUCUUAAGGAGCUGGAAACACCCUUCCAUAAAAUUAAAGGAAUUUCCGGAGCUGGACAGCAACAUGGAAGUGUCUAUUGGAACGAGGCUGCAGAAAACCUCCUUGCCAGCAUGGAUCCAGUGAGAACUAUUGUCGACCAACUGGCCGGAAAAGCAUUUGCCCAUGCUUUUAGUCCCAAUUGGCAAGACGGAAGCACUCAGGAGGAAUGCGAUCUAUUUGAUGCUAUUCUUGGCUCUCCUGAGAAACUAGCUCAAGUAACUGGAAGCAAGGCUCAUCACCGGUUUACUGGACCGCAAAUUUUGCGCAUGCGCCGUCACCAUCCAGAAGUUUAUCGAAAAGCGCAUCGGAUUACCCUUGUUUCUUCCUUCUUUGCUUCACUGUUCCUUGGUAAGAUUGCCCCUCUCGACAUAAGCGACGUUUGCGGUAUGAAUCUGUGGGAUAUCAAUGCCGGCGACUGGUCGGAAGAUCUCCUUGAUCUGACAGCUGGUGAUGAUGGCAUACAAUCGCUCAAAGAACGACUGGGAUACGUUCAUAAGGAUAGUGGUAACACCAUGGGAUUCAUAUCUGCCUAUUUUACAAAGCGAUAUAAGUUUCCUCAUGACUGUGGAAUCAUUCCUUUCACUGGCGAUAAUCCGUCUACAAUUCUCUCGCUUCCUUUGCGGUCUCUAGAUGCCAUUGUAUCCCUUGGUACAUCAACUACCUUCCUCAUGUCUACCCCAAAGUAUGUGCCCCAUCCAGCUUACCAUUUUUUCAAUCACCCCACUACUCCAGGACUUUACAUGUUUAUGCUCUGCUACAAAAAUGGCAGCUUGGCGCGAGAGCAAAUACGUGAUGCUCUUCCUAAAUCUAACACCUGUGACCCAUGGUCAAAUUUCAAUAAAGUUGCCCUCGACAGUUAUCCUUUGGGCCAAAAGAAUUCUUCCGAUCCGAUGAGACUAGGUCUAUUUUUUCCGCUUCCCGAAAUCGUACCAAAUGUUGGGGCCGGUAUAUGGCGUUUUGUCUGUGAUAGCAUGGGCAAAAACCUGACAGAAUUGAGCGAGAAAUGGGGCCCGGAAGAUGAUGUUCGUACAAUUGUUGAAUCACAAGUAUUAUCUUUGCGUUUAAGGUCACGGAAGUUAGUACAUCCGCCAGCUGUUGGUAUUCCACCUCAACCUAGUCGUAUUUAUCUAGUCGGUGGCGGCUCUCGUAAUCCUGCCAUCGCUCAGAUAAUUGGCGACGUGCUCGGGGGGGCUGAAGGUGUAUGGAAAUUAGAUGCAGGAGAAAAUGCAUGUGCACUCGGAGGUGCCUACAAAGCUGUAUGGGCGUUGGAAAGAAAAAACGGAGAGACCUUUGAGGAGCUAAUUGGUAAACGAUGGAAAGAAGGCAAUACCGCCAAGAAGAUCGAGACUGGGUACAAGGCUGAGCUAUGGGAACGCUACGAUAAAAUUCUUGAACCAUUUGAACAAAUGGAACAGCUAGUGCUGGCACGAGGCCUGGAGAAGCCACAGACGAAAUUUUCACCAGCUUUACAGUCGUAA